AUGUACGUGUCUUCUUCUUUUGCUUUAGCCGCGCUCGCCACGGCGGCUUCCGCCGCCGUCACCGCCUCGGAGCCAUGGACCACCUUGACUCCUACCGCCACCUACAGCGGCGCGGUGUCGUCCUACGCUUCGACUUUCGGCAUUGCCGUCGUCCCGGUGGCUUCCGCGAAGGCCAAGCGUGACGCUGUUUCCCAAAUAGGCGAUGGCCAGAUCCAGGCCACCACGGCAACGCAAGCGCCUUCUCCAAAAAACACCGCAGCCGCUGUGUCUCAGAUUGGCGAUGGCCAGAUCCAGGCUACGACGGCAACUGAACCACCAAAGAACACUGCCGCUGCCGUUUCCCAGAUCGGUGAUGGCCAAAUCCAGGCCACCACCGCUACGCAGGCGCCUAAGAGCUCGGCGGCUGCCGUGUCCCAAAUCGGCGACGGCCAGAUCCAGGCCACUACCGCCUCUUCCUCAGCCGCCAGCUCCGUGAGCGGCGCCUCGCAGAUCUCCGACGGCCAGGUGCAGGCUAUGACGUCAGCGGCAACAAACGGAACCGCGUCGGCGUCGGCGUCGGCGGCAUCUUCUUCGUCAGGAGUGACCACAACGCUGCAGCCCGCCACCUCCGACUCGAGCGACCCCGCCCAGUCCCAGUCGUGCAAAAACGAAGGUACCCUAGAAAUGACGCUCGCCGACAGCGUGCUAAAGGACGGUAAGGGCAGAAUCGGCUCCAUCGUCGCCAACAGACAGUUCCAAUUCGACGGUCCUCCACCUCAGGCGGGCGCCAUCUACGCGGCCGGGUGGUCGAUCACCCAGGAUGGCAACUUGGCCAUUGGUGAUAACGACGUUUUCUACCAAUGUUUGUCUGGCUCUUUCUACAACUUGUACGACGAGCAUAUCGGCAGCCAGUGCACAGCGGUUCACCUGGAAGUUAUCGAGCUGGUCGACUGCUGA